GCCUUACAUCCCAAAACGACAGGUAUUAUCCGCUGUCUGGAAUCAAGUAAACGCUGCAAAUCAAGGGUCCCUUAUAAAUAUGAGCUUGGCCUUAGGUAUGGCUGAUCCUGCAAGGGUCCGCAGACUGCGCGUUCUCUUGGAUAAGUUUAACGCCGCGAAUGAGUCGUUGAGGUCGGCUGACGGCCGCGCCCAGCUUUCUCUCCCCCGCUUUGCUGUCAUCGGCAAUCAAAGCCACGGCAAAAGCAGCGUCAUAAGCCGUGUCACCAACAUUCGGCUGCCAAGCAGUGAUGGGAUCUGCACCCGUGCGCCUCUGCGCAUUGCCUCACGCAUGUCUACCACCGGCCCCAACAAAGCGCAGCUCUCAUUCCGCGCGGAAUCGGCCAAGUCUAUCGGCCAUCUUGAGGGCAGUGGGUGGAGGCUUGAGCAAAAUGCCAACGGCCCUGCCAAGGGGAGGUAUGUCAAGGCGCUGCUGGAGGAUGGGGCAUCGUGGCCGCCUGCAGUUGAGAGUGUGGGCAUAGCUGUGAAGGAGGCAACCCUGGCACUGGUGGGCGAGGACGAGUCCAACCGUGGUCACCCAAAAGAUGACAUUGCAGAGGAGGAGAUCCUGCUUGAGUGGGAGUCUCCCGAGACGCCAACGCUAGAUGUCGUAGACCUGCCAGGCCUUACCAAUAUCGCGGUUGAAAACCAGCCAAAAGAGCUGCCUGAACGCAUCACAAGGCUAGUGCGUGACAACGUCAACAAAGAGAACACCAUGAUGCUGUGUGUCCUCUCUGGAGAGUCGGCCGAUUUUUCGGGGUUUCCAGCUAUGGAGGAGGCCCGGCGCGCAGAUCCGGAGCUCAACAACACGUUGGUUGUCAUGACCAGGAUUGACAACCUGAACCCGGAACAGCAGACGGCCCGCCUCAAACACCACCUCAGCAAGUUGUUCGCCACGUGCAAGCCGCUGGAGGUGGUGGUGGUCAAGAACACCCCGGACAUGGACCUGCCCGACCAGCACGCCAAAGAGGAGGAAUUCCUGCAAACGUUGAAGCCAGUGCAGGAUGCGCUGAUGGGGCAGAGCGAAAGCUGGGCGUUCAAGCUGGGCAUCCCGGAGCUGGUGAAGAAGCUCCAGGAGGAGCUCGAGGCUCGGCUGGAGGCGGAAUGGCCCGCGCUGAGGUCAAAGCUAAAGACCGACAUCUCACGAACUGAGUCAGAGCUGAAGGAGAUGCCGGCCAUCAUGGAUGCUGGGCAGGCCGCGGAAAAGGCGCAUGAUCUUACACACAGGGUAAAGGAGACCCUACGUUUAAUUCAGCUCGGCAAACAUAGCUACCUUGUCUCGGAAGGCAAGCCGGAAGUACCGGACAAAUUCCUCUUCUACAAGCACCUCCAGGAGCUGCACAGGACACAGUUCACAGAGGUUAUUGUGGUCCCCGCGUUCAUGGACGAUGACAAGGUGGAGACUCUGGUAUCCACCUGGAAGAAACAUGCAGGCGAAGAGCAGGAGGAGGACGUUAAACCUAACGUGCGUCACCAGUUCUAUCGUACAGAGUUCGCAAACAGCCUUGGCACGAAACUGGGCGCUCUGGCAAAAGAGGCCGGCAGUAAAGUGCAGGAGGCGUAUGAGGCAGUCAUUGAUGAGGUGUUCAAGGGCUAUGACGUCCUGCGUGAAGAGUUCAGGCGCGCCUUCUCACAGAAGGUGCUGGAGCCCCAGAUAAAGAAGCUGCAGAACUACCUGCGUGACACAGCUGAGGCGCAAAGGGACUUCCACACCGAGUCCGAGAUCUACCGCGCUGCCAUGAUCCACUACAACGAGUUCAUCCGCAAGGACGACGAGCAGCCGGUGGUUACAGGCACGCUGGGUGUGGAGGCGAUGCUGCUGGGUAAGCAGCAGCCCGAGGUGAAGGCAUCGUCCGCACUUGCCAAUUCUUCCAUUGCCCAGAUGCUGAAGGAGCACAGGACCCUUUUCAAGAAUAAGAACCCCGAGUGGACCGCGCACCUGCUCAAGUGCCAGUUCGAGCUGCUCGUGCAGACGGUGGUGGUGCACAACAGCCUCACCGACAUGGUGCCCCGCGUGGUUCGCAGCUUCCUGGUCAAUGAGUUGAUCGAGGAGCGGCUUCCGGAGUUGAUCCGGAGGAUUGACAAUGGCAAGUUCCCGCUGCUGGGCGACCCAGAGUGGCUGCUCAAGUCGAUGAUGGACUCGGACGUCCUGCAGCGCCAGCAGGCGCUCAGCGGCCAGCUUGCCUCGAUGAAGACGGCGCUUGACAGCCUCAAUGGAAUCGAUGAUCCGACGGCUGAUCCCUCGUUCGGCGUGGUGCGGCUGCCAGGCCUGCAGCCUCAGGCUACCAUCGCUGUGGCCGGCGGUACGAGCGCCCCCUGAACAUUGUGAGAGUCGGGAGCCGCCGGGCGGCAGGCCCUGGCCACCUCGCUAGCCGCAAACUGUGAUGCAGUGAUGAGAGGCGUGAUGCGGGCUAGUAGUUUUGUCACACAGUGCAAGGUGCGUGGGCGUCCAUGUGGCGGAUAUCUGGUGUUUGUGUGGAGCAGAACCUGAACCCUACUCCUCUCAGUGGUGCCUCCACCGUGAUUAAGCUUGCACUUUUUAGGUAGGUAUUCGCUUGCUUGCCCAUAUCUGAGCGUAGUGCUAGGGAACUGGCUUAUUAUGGACCAGCCCUUGGUUGCUUGUUUGGCGCCGUGGUUAAUGCCGGAUGUGCCUAACAGCUGCGUGUGUCUUGUGCUUGGUAGUGGACAUUUAUGAAGGCAUGCCAUAUUUCGCAUACGGCUGUGUGUUUUAAGAAAGCUGGCCGCGAGUAGAAUGCACUGGAUUGUUGGAAGAGGAUGUUGUAAGACGAAAAGGCAACCCGGGAUGGUUGGAUACGUCUUUAGGACGUAUUUAUAUGUAUGUAGCAAGGGGCUAAUGAGCCGAAAGCUUACAGAUGUCCCCACCAAGAUGCCUCGAGAGACGAGGAGUGCGUGCAUGUACGACACGAUAUAGGGCAUUUUCGCGUGGAAUAUUAGCUUGUAGUCUCAUAGGGCUAUAUUAACGACUACUUGAUCGUUUGCUUAACUGCAUUCCUUGCAACAAGGACGCCGUAAUGCCGUAUUGAUGUGGCAGCGUCACUACGCUCCCUAGGUGAACUGAUCACGUUUCGAAAUCUAUUGGGUCUAUACGGUCUUUAGUGUGACAUCUAUCAGGUUGAAAGGCUAUUUGGUUGAUUCCCUUGGCCGUCACGUUCUUGAAUGUAUUUCGUGGGUGUUAAUCGCUUGGGGACCACGUUGCAUACUCGUUGCACGUUGCAGACUCGUUGCAUACACGUUCGGUAGAUGUGUGAUGUGUGAAUGCCUUAUUGCCUUCGUUGCUCGCUUUAUGCACGGAGGCCGUCUGAUGCACUCAUGUUUAGCUGGCAUUCCCGCUGGCCACCCUUAAAUGCCAGCAACACUGCAACACGUGAGAUUUAUGUGCACGGGAUUUAUUUGCACGGACUUGGGUCACGUAUCUGACACUAAUGGUUGGACGUGCGCAUGUCGCUAGGGGACGGUUCGGGCGUGCCUGUGUGUACUGGCCGUGUGUGUUAACAAUAUUGGCCGCGAGUCCCAACGUACUGCGAGUGCCAGAUGUGUGCGUAUGUGUGUGAAGGAAUAUUUUACAACACUGGCGAACUGUUGAAGGGCUGCCUGCCUAUAGCGUCGUGGUGCUGGCCGGAGAUGCAGCUAGUUUUUUUGCCCUUGUGCGCCCCUGUUCCCGUUUUUCCUAGCUGUCCGCACUCCUGCCCGCCUUUCAAACGGGAAAGCAAGGGGCAAGCUGGCAGCCAACGCAUGACAACUGAAGACAGGCAACAUUGCAGCUGCCCGUGGCAAUGCCGCCACUGCAGCUAACAAGAAAUGUAACAACAAACGUCCA